AAAUCUGNCCCGCCAAAACCAUUAUAAAUAUCGGCGUACACUUCAGUUUUAACCACACACAGCUCUUUACAGAUACAUAAAUAUAAAGAUAAUAAUAAAUCAAUAGAAAUAUGGCCACGAAGAACGCCGCUGCUGCUCCUCCGCCGCCCCCGCCGGCGCCGGCUGAGCCGCUCUAUAAGAUGGUCCUCGUGGCGGCCAUCGCUGCCGGGGUCCAGUUUGGGUGGGCCCUGCAGCUCUCCCUCCUGACCCCCUACGUACAGCUCCUCGGCAUCCCCCACCAGUGGGCCGCUUACAUCUGGCUCUGCGGCCCAAUCUCCGGCCUCCUCGUCCAGCCCAUCGUCGGCUUCUACAGCGACAACUGCACCUCCCGGUUCGGCCGGCGCCGCCCCUUCAUCGCCGCCGGUUCCGCCCUCGUAGCCACCGCCGUCUUCCUCAUCGGCUUCGCCGCCGACAUCGGCCACGCCAGCGGCGACACCCUCGGGAAAGGAGCCAAGCCCCGCGCCAUCGCCGUCUUCGUCGUCGGCUUCUGGAUCCUCGACGUCGCUAAUAAUAUGAUGCAGGGACCGUGCAGGGCGUUGCUGGCGGACCUUUCGCACGGCAACGCGCGGAAGACGAGUGCGUCGAACGCGCUCUUCUCCUUCUUCAUGGCGGUGGGGAACGUGCUAGGCUACGCCGCCGGCUCCUACACACACCUGUACAGAAUCUUCCCCUUCUCCCACACGCGCGCGUGCGACGUCUACUGCGCGAACCUCAAGUCCUGCUUCUUCAUCUCCAUCGCCCUCCUCCUCACCGUCACCAUCCUUGCCCUCGUCGUCGUCCGCGAGACCGCCGUCGCCGCCGCGCCGGAGUCGCCCACAUCCUCCUCGAAAAUCCCCGUUUUUGGGGAAUUAUUCGGCGCGCUGAAGGACUUGCCGAGGACGAUGUGGAUCCUCAUGCUCGUCACAAGCCUCAACUGGAUCGCCUGGUUCGCCUUUCUCCUGUACGACACUGAUUGGAUGGCCCGGGAGGUCUUCGGCGGGACCACCGGCGACAGGCUGUACGACCGAGGGGUCCGCGCGGGGGCGCUGGGGCUGAUGCUGAACUCGGUGGUUCUGGGCGCGGCCUCGCUCGGAGUACAGGCUCUGGCGCGGUGGCCGGGAAGAGUGAAGAAAACGUGGGGCGUGGUGAACUUCCUGCUGGCGGCGUGCCUGGCGAUGACGGUGGUGAUCACCAAGGCGGCGGAGCACUCGCGGCAGCACGAGUUGACCGGCGCCACCCACCACCCGGCGUCCGGCGUGAAGAUUGGGGCCCUGGCGCUUUUCGCGGUCCUCGGCAUACCUUUGGCGGUGACUUUCAGUGUUCCAUUUGCUUUGGCAUCCAUAUUUUCCAGUAAUUCUGGGGCCGGACAAGGUCUUUCUCUGGGAGUUCUGAAUCUUUCAAUAGUCAUACCACAGAUGUUUGUGUCGGUGGCUAGCGGGCCGUGGGACGAGCUUUUCGGAGGUGGAAACUUGCCGGCAUUCGUGGUGGGUGCGGUGGCGGCUGCCGCCAGCGGCAUUUUAGCUCUCACAGUGCUUCCGUCACCGCCUAACGACGCGAAAAUUGUGACGGCUGCCGGAGGAUUCCAUUAAAUAUGUGAUCUUAUGUAGAAUUUUUAUAUAAGUGGUGUAUUGGGCUUUUCAUUUUUUUUUCUUUGCAGCCCUUUUUGUUUCUAUAAUUUCAUGUAAGGAACUUAUGGGAACAAUAUUAUUAGUAUACGCUAAGCGUGAUGCUGUUCUGAAAGAUUUUUUGUGAUUGUCUGAACAAGUCUCUUUUGGGUACUUGUUAUGUUGUGCAAUGGUUAUUUGGUGAAGUUUGUGUGGAAUUAGUUACUUGAUGUUGUAAUUAGUUGCUCUGCAUAAUGUAGAAUUACAAGUUAAAUAAAUUCAUAUAAAUUCAUAUAAGUUGCUCUUUAUUCUCAAUAGCUAUGUAUUCAUUCAUAGUUUCACUCUUAUAAGAUGGGUAUAUAUAAGAUGUGUAUAUACUAACCAUUAG